AUGCAAUGCAUAAUGCCCGAGGACUCUCCUCUGGAUUCCAAGUCCCGUCAAGGAUACUUCCAGUGCGGCUUCGGCUCGUGUCGCAAAAGCUAUAACCGGGCGGACCACCUUAUCCGCCAUGUCCGAUCACACACCCGCGAGAAGCCAUAUGUCUGUCAAGUGUGCAACAAGGGAUUCUCGAGACCGGACCUGCUGAAGCGGCACGCGGCGGGACACAGCCAUUUGCAAGACGGGAAGCGCAAGAGGGCCUCGACGCACUCGAAGAACGGGCGUGUCUCCCAGGCUUGCAAGGCGUGCGCGACCUCCAAGCUCAAGUGUGACGAGGAGAAACCCUGCCGCCGGUGUUGCGAUAGAAAGCUGUUUUGUGACUACCAAGAGUCUGGGGUCAAUAAUGACAACGACUUUGCGGAAAUUGAUAUUGAUCAACAGGGUAUGUCGCUUCGUAAACCGUGCCGAGUCCGAGCUGACGAUGUAGGAUCAAUUGAUGAGCCACUUGAUGACGACCAGUACUCCCCGAUGGAAUCGCAGCCGAGCCUUUCAUCCCCGGUGCACCCCGAUCUAGCCGCACAGAUUGUUACACCGGAUAUCCCCAUGGAUGCAUUCCUCUCGCAACCGAAUAUACCACAGGAUCAAGCCCUGCCGACAUAUGGUGGCCAAACGAUCUCGCCCCUCGUCGACCACGAAAGCGGAGUCUUCAGCGUCGACGGGACAUUCUUCCCAGAGUUUAUUCCUGACUCGCUCGUCUCCCUUUCACGACCUGGAGAACUAGAUCCCACCGCUUUCCCUCCGAACGAUUACUACGCGCAUCGCCUUUACGACCAUGACCUGAAUUACGACUUUGACCUAACCGAGGUGGACUUUGGUCUGAUCGACUUCUAUAACUCCAAGGGCUCGGUCAAUCCCAUUUUCCAGGCCGCCGAUGAGCCUCAUGAUCGGGAUGCGGACAGCGGUAUCGCCCUAGGCGCAGAAGCGUAUCAGCGUUCAUCGCUCUCAGCCUGGAAACCGGCACGCGAGGACCAUGCCUUUGCGGACCAGGGUGACCUCUCGGUGCCCAAGUCCAUUGAUAGCCCGGAGGCAAGUGUGCGCUCGGAGCGCCAGAUUCUCUCCGAGCGGUUGUCGCCAGGAACCCGGGAUCUGAUCUUCGGUAUGGUCCUCCAGACCAGUCAGAGGGCCAACCUGGCUCGAAUCAUGAAGUCGUUUCCAAGCACCGAGUUACUUGACAGUCUCAUCCAGGACUUCUUUGCGCGUCAGAGUGAACAGGUUGAUUCGUGGAUCCACGGACCAACAUUUCACCUAAACGAGGAGAGCCCGGAUAUGGUUGGUAUUGUUGCUGCUGCUGGUGCUGUGAAGUCGCCUAUACCGACUAUUCGGAAGCUGGGCUAUGCGCUCAUGGAGGUCGUCCGAUUGCAGAUGUCUACAAAGGUAUGCCGUUGA